UAAGUUGGUGGUUGGUUGCACCUGCAUGGCUGCAGGUUUUUGCAAGGAGCAACAAUUUAAUAUUAACUGCUUGCUAUUACUUGUUCAUUUUUGGUGUAAAAAGGAGAAAUUUUCUUGUGGUGCAAUGUUGCCGCUUGUACGAACGAGGAACUUGAUGGGCCAAAAUAAAGCCGUGGAGGCGCAGGUGCCGCAGGUGUUAAAAGGGUGAAUGGAAUCGGAGGAGGAGAAGUGGGAGGAGAGAAGAAGGAGAAAAUUGACAGCACCAGAAAACGAGAAAAAAUAAGAAGAGUGGAUGUGGCAUUCUUGGCGAUGGCGAUUAUUUUGUAGAAAAUUGGGAAGCCGCCCUUCUUUACACAGAUGUCCUUUCUGUGAGGAGAUAAUGUGCCCUCGGAGUUUCAGCAGAGCAAACCAGUCAAACCAGUAUAAUGGGCUGCUCUGCGGAUAGAAACGUGUAAAAGAUUAAGAGCGGCGAGAGAGGGAACCGCAGCCGCAAGAUGCACGAGUUGUUCACGCAGGUGUUAGGAAAAAAAGAUCUCUCCAAGGCGGGCGAUCUGUUCUCCGUGUCCGACCAUGCCAUUGUCAACGACCUGACCGAGGUCAUCCAAACCAUCAACCGCAUCAGCACCAUGCCGGACUACCUCAACAACAACAAUGACCAAAGUGUCGUUGAAAUCUGUGUGACAAGGGUCACCUCUGCCAUUAGAGAAACUGGAACCAUAGAACAACACUGUGAAGCUUUGGUGAAACUUCUCGAGUCUUGUUUGAGCCAAAAUUUGAAGCCCUCUCUCAAAGACGAAGACCCACCGCACGCAAAAAUUUCUUCCGACAUUAUUUCGUGUCUCUUUUUGAACUAUAGCAAGAAAGAAGUAAUGAAACGUGCCUUGCCAGUGGCUGUGAAAUUUCUGCAUAAAGGAAACCGUGAACUGUCUAGAAAUAUGUCUUCCUAUCUGUCAUUGGCAGCUAUUGAAAAUGCUGAUCUUCUUGCACUCCACAUCCAACCAAUCAUCGACUCAAUUAUAUCAGGUAAUUACCCUCUUGCAAGAGUCUUACCUCAAAUUUACGCCGUCAACAAGGAACCAAUCAAUGAACAUGUGAUGGCUCUGGCAGCUCUUUUGCCUCAUUGUGAAAAUCCCGACAAAUUGGCUCUUUUGAGUCUUUUUGGUCUAAUUGCCAAGGACAAGCCUUCUCUCCUGGAACCUUGUCUUCCUCAGUUGUGUGAAUACCUUGGACCGGCCUCCACUGCAUCUGCCACAAUGCAAGUCUUCUUAGCAAUGGCAGCCACUAGACCUCAAGUGCUCGUAGACCACCUCCAGCGCAUUAAAGAAGCAGCUCAAUCUCACCCAAACACUCUCGGACUUGCUGCCCAAGUGAUCUCGUCCGUGGGAAAACUGAGCAAGGCUCGUGCUCAAGAGGCGUUGGACUUUGUUUUGGAAAAUUUGCGCCGGGCUGACAGAGGAAGCCAGGGCACUUUACUGAGGGAGGCGACCCUUCUCUGCUCAAGUUAUCCCGUCCUCUUCACUGACAAAAUGCUGGCAGAAGUUCGACAGGUUGAUCGAUCGGAUCGCCAGAACAACGAAUCAAAAGCAUCAACGACAGCCACCACCAAUCCAAGCACCCUCACAACGGCCAGUUCAGUCACCAACUCCAGCGGUGUGACCAUAAUCAAAGUCGAAAACGGAAAGCAAGCGGGGGAAAAGGAGCCACCAGUAACCAGUGUAAUGCCUUACGUUUCUCGACCGGUUGGUGCUGGGCGGCCACGGCUAGGAGACAGUCGCAGCACUGGAAGACUCAGUUCGGCCCUGCACAUGAAUCGCAGCAUGACUAAGUUGAACGGGGGACACGGCAGUCGAAUGGGUCUUCAUCGCAGCGUUACUCGUCUCAGCUCAAGCCAGCAUAUUAAUCUGGGGCCUGUUCCCCAAGCGCCCCCUCUUGUACCCCUGCCCUCGGUCAACAAAAGCGUCACGGCUAUACACUCGGGGCCAACUAAUAUGCCUCGGUUCAUCAGUAACUCGAGGAUUUCCAGUGGCGGAGUUACAGUUACAACAACUUCUGGUACUGUUAGUCCAACAAAAAGCAUCAGUGGGAGCAUAACUGCUCUUCGUGAAGAAAGAGAUGGACUUAUUUCAAUAUCCACUCCUUAUUCAACAAGCUACAAUAUUCAGCCAACCUCUCCAGCAUUUAUUCAGACAGGAAGAGAAACAGUGUGCCUCUACCCUGUGAUCACUUCUUCGGGAGCUGUACAACUAACCCAAUCAGGAACUCGUCUGCACUCACCGUUUCAACUUUCGCAACCUGCCGUUGCACUCACCAAGAGCCACUCGGGAACCACCAGCCUCUUGCAUCAGUCGGGAACCGUCCUGUCUUCCUGCGCUUCCGUGAUUUCCACUGCAGGACUUCAUCCCGGAGUUAGUUCUAUAUUGACUGAUACAAAACCCUUGUUGCCCACCUCAUCAUCACAAACAGCUAUUACUGCAGCUUUGCAGGCACCAGCCCCCACCCGAAGAACUAACACAAGCGUCACGAUCAUUGGACAAGGAGUUCCAGGUCUUGCUGCAGCCCAGCGCAUUAGUGUUUUUGAGCCUUUUCCCAUGAGAGAUACAAUCCAGCAUUUUUGUGAAAAGCACUUGGAUAAAAUAAAAACCUACAUGGAUAAGGUGCAGGCAAGAAUUCCCCCUCCAGCCAAGUGCACCAUUGAAGAGCGUAAAGCAAAGAAGAUGGCCAAAUUGCAUUUUGCUUGUCAAGGCCAGGGUGAACACUGUUUAUACAGCCGCAGCUUCUUCACUAUGAGAACAAGGAAUCCUCGUAUUUGGAUCCACCUGAUGUUCUUGGCUUUGCAAGCAAAAUCUCAGUCGGCUCUCAGCUCUCGAGAAACGUCCGUCAGCAGUCUGAAGAACUGCUGGGAUAUUCUUAAAUGCGAAAACAAAUCAUUCCUCACGCUAGUGACGUCAGCGUUCCCUUGCUCAAAAGACCAAGACAUGCUGUUGCACGAGCUCCGCAACAGCGGCUUCUUUGACGUCUUCGAAUUUAAUGGAUCUCGUCAGAUUUGGGGUUGCUUUUUGUGCAACCACCCUGAGCGAGCUGUAGGUUUUUUGCAGACCACUCAACCUGUAAUAGAGGGCCAGCUUAAGGAAAAGAAGGGGCGCUGGAAGAUUUUUAAACGGUGGCGGACAAGAUAUUUCACUUUGUCUGGCGCUCAUCUUAGCUACAGGGGAACGAAUGACAAGGAUGCAAUUCCGAUUGAGGUGAAUCAAAUUCGAAGCGUGAAAGUAAGCAGAGGAGCUCGAAACAUUCCAAAAGCCUUUGAGAUUUUCACUGGGGACCGUUCGUUAAUUCUGAAGCCCAAAGAUGGGAAAAAUGCAGAGGAGUGGGUGCAGUGCCUGUCCAUAGCUGUGGCCCAUUCUCAUUCCCGAGAGGCACCAAUUAAAAGUUACUCUCUGCCAGCCAGAGGCAUUGGCUUCAGAACCGCAGUGUGACUGAUGUAAAUUAUUAUAUUUUUAGAUUUGCUAAAUUUUAUAUUGUAUUUUACUGUUAAACUCUGUGCCAACAAAAUGCUUUUCAUUCUGUAUUCAAAUGUUACUGUACAAAAAAAAUGCCUUGAAAUUUGUUGAUAUAUACAUAAUUUCUUUAGGAUAAACGCAUACUAAAGUCCCUUUGAAAUUCACUGUACUUUUUGCUCUCCAUGAUUAUGAUAUUGUAAAAAGAAAAUAAUAAAUAUUUGGAUAUUUAUAC